AUGUCAUUGUUUCAGAAUUCAUCCAACCUCUUCUCACUUACCCUAUACGAACCUGGAAGAAUGCAUUUUUUACUUGAAGGCACUUUUCGGAUAAGUCUUGAUCCCCAUCAUCUAAACGGUCUUUUUUUGGUUUCCGAUGCGGUCGAAUGUCAUGCGACGGUCUACAGGUCAUCUGUGUCAUGUGAAUGGUUCAGCCAUUUGAGCUGGAAUGACUUACUUUUUCAGUAUUUUUCUCGCAUCACUUUGACGACCAACACUGUCCAUUCGAUCCUUCGCCCAGACGCCUCCGAGGGCCGUGGGCCGACCGGAGGCCACGGCAGAUCGGGCCUGCGGAAGCCGGUCCCGAAGGGGUUCGGUCGGCACUCCAAAUCAGCCGGAGCCUCGGUCUCCCGUGACGACUGCCUCCUGCCAGCUGAGCCGCGACCGCCCUCCGCCUCGUCCUCCUGCUCGUCUGUCUCUUCGUCGUCUUGCUGCCGUUGCCGCUGCCGUUGUCGACAACGUUGCUCUUGCCGUCGUCUCAGUCCCCACGUCAGUUGGUCGCCCGAGCAACAGCCGCUCUUCCACGCUUUGUCGCCGGCCUCGGGCCGCUCGCGCUUCUCCUGUCCCUGCUACACGCCGCGGCCAACCACCACCUUCGCACUGGCCGGAUCGCGGCCGGCAACCGCCGGCCUCCACACGCCUCGAGCCAGCGUUGCCACGCAGACUCGAACCGUGUCGUCGCCACCGAAACCGCCGCCAAGGCCGAGUCGGCCGACAGCCCAGACCGCGGACACGUCGAGCGGCAAAUGGUGGACAAGCGAAUGGCAGUUGAAGGAGCCGGCCGCUGCGUCGGCACGUUCGCUGUCGCACAACUCCGUCGCCAUGCACUGCCAGCCGGGACCCCCAUUUCGGCCGCCUCCGUUGCCACCCCGACCGGGAAGACUGGCUGCGCAGGGCCGGAGGGUAGAGGGCGUCAAGCCGGACGAUGCGCCUCGACUCGGCCUCGCAUGGCCGGCUCUUUGGGGGGGGGACCAAGAGGUGCCUCCUCAUUUACAGACAGCACCCGCGCCCUCCUUCCUUUCGCGUAAGUUUCAUCCUUCCACCUCGUUCGGGUCGCGUUGGCAACUCAACCGGAAUCAGAGCCUCGAAGGUCUCGCUACAACAAAUAACGGAUAG